UGUCACAUCGAAAUUCUGGCAGAUUCCUCACCCAGAUAUUUUUUCCGAUUUUAUUUCUAGUAAAAAUUGUUUAAAUAUAUACAUUCUUAUCGGUUUAGUUAAAUUUAAAUGAUUCAAAGGACGGUAAAGAUAAAAAGUGUCGCGAAUGGGAAAUUUGUUGUAUUUAAUUAAAACAAUUCGUCACCAAUAUCCAUCAACUAACGACCAGUGUCUGCAAUUUAUUGCAAUAAAUAGAAAGUGAUUCUUUAUUGUAUAUUUUUUUGUGCUGUGAAUAGUAUUUGUAAUAUUUAAUUUUAUGUAGAAUCAUUAGUUUACAUAAGUGCUAUUGAUUUUCUUUUAAUUUUAACGUGCUGGAUAGUCAUUUCAAGAGUUUUGAAUACAUCCAAAAAUAUCUAAUGUGUAUUAUCAUUUUCUGAGUGAUGAUUUAUUUCAAACAAAACACUGAGUGAAUAUUAUUUUUGUCAGAUGGUUUAUAAAAUAUAAUGCUUUCGAAAUGAAGAAACAAUUUUUCAGGGUAAAGCAACUUGCAGAUCAAACUUUUUUGAAGGCUGAAAAAAGUGAGGUCCUUAAUCAUGAAGAAUUACAAAUUGCAGAUCAAAAAGUUGAAGUAUUCAGAUCAGCAUUAACUGCUAUUACCAAAAAAAUUUGUCCUAAUGGACCUACAAAUGAAAGAGAUAAACGUUUGAAAAAAUGUCUGGAGUAUCAAAUUGGUAGCAUAUUUAUUGAGGAAGCUAAAGAAGAGAAAGAAUGUGUGUUAUUUCAACAUGUCUUGAAAGAUUCUGGACGUGUGGAACAAGAACUUGCAAAAGAAUUUGCCGAUCAUGAAGUCAAGGUGGAGGAGUUGGUAUAUUCACCUUUGCAAAGGGUGAUCGAUGUGGAACUUCCUAACAUAAUAAAGCAAAAGCACAACCUUAAGAAAUAUUGUUUGGACAAAGAUUCAGCUAGUAACAGAUAUCAUGCAACAAAAAAGGAGAACCUUAAAGAAGACAUGGAAGAAGCUGACUUCAAAGUGGAACAAAGCAGAGACGCUCUGGCUACAGAGAUGUUUACUCUGUUAUCUAAGGAGAAUGAAUUGUCUUCUUAUAUAUUACAGUUGCUAAAAUUACAAAGGGGAUAUCAUGAAAGUGCCUUGAAAAAUUUAGAGACAAUAAUACCCGUGCUUGAAAGGACAAUAGGUGAUAGUCCCAUUAAAAAGGUUUUUGGAGUACCAUUAGCUGAACAUUUAAGGGUCACUGGAAAGAAGCUAGCUUUUCCUUUAGAAAUAUGUAUCACAAGUUUGUUAGAGCUUGGUAUGAGCGAAGAGGGGUUAUUUAGACUUGCCGGCGGCAUGUCAAAAGUUAAGAGACUGAAGUCAUCUAUAGAUAGUGGCUGUUUUACAAGUUUAAUACCAGAAUAUAGAGAUGUUCAUGUUCUUGCGAGCACGUUAAAAUCCUAUUUGCGGGAACUCCCCGAACCAUUGCUCACUUAUAGUCUUCAUAAAGAUUGGUUGCAGUCAAUGCAGGGUCCCGAAGAUCAAAGAAUAGAAAUCGUAAAGCAUUUAUUAAAUAAGUUACCUCAGGAAAAUAGGGAUAAUUUAGCUUAUCUUAUACAAUUCUUAGCCAAGCUUACUCAGCAUACCGAGAACAAAAUGUCUUCCUCAAACAUAGCAAUAGUAAUAGCACCAAAUUUAUUAUGGGACAAAUAUGAAGAGGCCAACACAAAUAUGGGUACUUGCGUAACCAUCAACAUGCUCGUCGAGUUGUUUGUUCGAGAAGUAGACACGUUUUUCCCAGAUGAUGUUAGCAAAUAUGUAACUGUCACCUCGGCGAUUUUUGCCGACGACGAAUUACAACGGAACGGAUCCAACAGAACGACAAUAGAGCACGUGGAUGCGACCAGUACUGAGAGCUUAUUGGAUAGCCCGAAACCAAAUUUGCGAAGGAAAAAGCCGGCAGCUCCUGUUCCGCCCACAGGAAGAAGUGCUCAAGAUAGUGACAGUGUUCCAGAAAGACCGUCAGGUUCCAGUUAUCCCUCAGGGAGCUCUACGUUAAACAGACCACCGAAAGGUCGCGAACAAACCAAAACGAAAACUGUCACGUCGGUCGGAAUAAACACGGAAGAGAAAGAAAACGAUUGCCAGCUGUCGAGGAGGCGUAGUUUCUCGAAGGACGAUAUCAAGGCCCUAAUACCCGCCGCAAAUCAAGUGACCAUCGUCAAAACCGUCGCUGAAACUCUGUCGGGUUCGGUGGUUACCGUAGGGGGAUUGAAUCACUUAGUCGGCGAUACUAACGCCACCAAGGUGGUCACUCAGGCAGCUACAAGCGUCUCAAAGGCGCAGCCCGUGCAAAAGCCGGUAGCGCAGAACGCCGAAGAUGACAAGAGUUUUAGAACGACAGCUACUCAUCAGAUUCGACCGCCACCUGAAGGUUUAACAAGUCCUAGUCAGAAACCAGUAGCGGCACCGAGGCAGUCGUUAAUGGCCGACAACAAGAGCACCAACGUCGUCGCCCGAAAUCCUUCCCAAAGAAAUAGCAGCGGCGACCAGACGAACAAGGCUCCGAUCAGUUCUGUAGAACUGGCCGACGUCCAACUGCGCAGACCGGAAGUGGACCGACCGGCAAAACCAGAAAUACCAGCAAGGCCUGCUAGUUUAAUACCGGCCAAAAGGUCUUCGGGAGACGUCGACCCCGCCGUGCACAAAACUCAAUGUUCGGUCUACAGCGUUGCCAAUAAGCAACAGCCGAGUAUCGUCAACAUACAGAACCGAAAUGAGAAAAUUCAACUCGGCCAUGAUGUCAUGAUGGCCGAAAAAGAAAAGUUUUUGGGUCACCAGCCUUUGCCCAGAAACUCGGUCGAGAACAAAUUCAACGACGUCAACUCGAACAAAGAGCGCCGUUCCUCGACGGAAUCGAGACCCUCGAUCCCGCCGAAGAGCCUUAUCCUGGUCAAAUCGAAUGAGAAACUUGACACGGCGGACUCCGACGAGAAACUAGACGCCUUCCGGCAACCGUUGCGCCAGGAGGACAACUACCGAGCGACGUCCAACGAGGAGAACCGUAACGAAAGAGAAACGCCUCGCGCGCACAUGCGGGUUCGCUCAGAAGGCAACUUGCGGGACUUGGCGUCGGCACUGCAUUCGCCCUCGUCGCCGAGGAGUCUAAGCAAGCCGACGGAGCCCCCUCCGCCGCCCCCCGUGGCCGCGAAGAGGCCCGAGCCCCAAAGUACUGACUUCUGAGGCGUUAACCCGCCCCGCCCCCUCAACUAUACACACAACCCUUUGUGAUCCUCUCGUGCAAAAAAGCUAAAUCCAUAGUGAGAUAUGAUUGCAGGAUGGUUUCGACUUGACUAGCGGGUGAUGAUAAAGUAUAUUUUUUGACAGCUAAAUUGUUUAUAUGAAUACUGAAUGUCUUAAAUGGUUUCGUUUUCAAGUUACAGGAAAAGUGUUU